CUUAAGACAAAUAAUGAUGUCAUUUUGUCAUGAUUUUCCUGGAAGUCAAUGUCUCCUAAUGGACGCUAUUUAGAUGUGUUAGUUUAUCCAUUCGUGUCAUUAUGGAAUGCUUUGUGUUUCGUGUUUGUGACUUUGUUGUGGUCAAAUUUGUUUGGCCGUAAAAAGGAACGGAUCUGGUCUAAAAGGGCGCGUUACUCGAACAUACCUGCAAACAUGGCCUCCAGGUCCCCUCGAGAUGGAAGACGUCCAUGUAAAUCUCAGAGCUCUUUAGAUGAAGGCGAUGAUGGUUUACCGAGAGAUAUAGCUAAUCUCAGGGCGUAUCAUAAGCAAGCUUAUGGCUACAUUGCAAAGGCUCUGAAAAUCGACGAAGAAGGAGGUCAGAAUUACUUCCCUGAAACAUUUAAUUUUAACCGACACACGUGUACAUGUACAUGUACAUGUACAUAUUCAUGGGAGGAAUUGUGUUUUGAAUUUAUGACUAAGCAGUAUCCUUGUCUGUAUAAAUCCGAUUCAGAUGUUCCUAAAGGAAAGAGCACAGCUUCGUUCUCGAUUCCAGCGUGCAUUGCAGUGAGACUUGGAUUGUAUAGUCUUUCAGAUGGUUCAAAUUGUUAUGAUUAUAUUUUAUUUUGAUCAUAUUUACAAUUAAACGAAAUAAAAUUAAUACCAACUUGAUUCUUAUCACCCAAAGGGGGCCUGUCAUCGAAAAGAAGAGCUGUAGAAUUCUACAAGAAAGGAAUUGGUGAAAUGGAGACAGGACUACAGAUUAACUGUGAUGGAGAAGGUAUGUUGUACCAACUAAUCAACCUUUCUAACAUUAUUGUACCCCAAAUUUUUCCUGGGUGUAACUUCUCAUCCUCCUUCAGCUGAGAUCCAAACUGUUUCAAGCCAUUAUAAUUUUAUUCUCCACUUAUGCCCACAGUUAAACAGUUUUUAAUGCAAAAUAUACUUGAUUCACAGGAGAGGAAUGGGAAAAAGCCAGAAAGCUGCAAGAUAAAAUGAAAUCAAAUAUGGAAAAUACAAGAGAAAGAUUAGAUGAACUAGGUAGGUUAACACAGUAAAUUGCAUUUGUUUAUACUUAAAUUGUAUCAGUGACAAACUCAGCUACACCACAUUUUGGUUCCAUUCACAUUUUGGCAUCAUCCAUAAUCUACAUGUAUUAAUUGCUGAACAGAUGGCAACUCAGAAUCUAUUUGUUGAAUUGAUUAUAGAGGUCUUGACAUACCUUUUUGUAAAAGGGCAAGUAGUGUUUCUUAAUAGUUGGUGGCUUGAAUUAUAGGUUGUAGUGUUUAUUUAAGUCUAAUGUUACAAGUUGUGAGAUCCCUGCCCAGGUAGUUACAAUUUAAUGAGCUGUUGAAUGAAGCUUGCCAUGAUUUGCUUACCAUGAUUCAAUUUGGUGACUGUUAUGUAGAGAUGGGAGUUGAUAAUUCUAAAGGAUGACAGUGUCCUUUUUAUUUUUUUUUGUGGCCAGCUAUUUAGAAGUUAACCUCAAAGUCCAUGUAAGACAUGUUUUUUUGGGAUGUUGUUUGGUGUCUGCCAUCCACAGUGUAUAAGGCAACUACCAUCACAGGAUCAUUAUAUGUAGGUUUAACUGAACAAAUUUUUUGUUUUAGUGGCGUUACUAUUGUCAGCAUCAACUAUUAACCAGGAAGAAGCUGCCAAGUUGAUGGAAGAAGUGGCCCAAGAAGUCAAAGCUGAAGAAACAGCUGACCCUAUAAACAAUGUGAAGAAGCCACCUUCAACAAAAAGCACAAUGGUACUUCCAAAAAAGUCAAAUUCCUCAUAUAGUGCAACUGGCGCUGCUACUAAUUCAAAAGUUACUAGUAAGACUGUAAUGAAAAAAACUGCGUCAACUUCAGUGCCUGCCAGACCAACCAUUUGCAGGACGGAGCCCUCUCGCAAGCAGAAGGAAUCCUACACAGGUAUGCAGUACUCCAUCCAUUUGUUAUAAAUUUUAACUUCAUUUCAAAAAUAUAAACAAAGAACAGUACUGGCAUAGAAAGGUAGAACAAUUUGUUAGUUUCAUUUGAUAAUUAUUUUCAAUUUUGAAAUUUGAAGUACACUCUGAGAAUUAAAAGGACGUGAGAAUUGGAUUUGAUGGUUAAAACUUUUACAAUGUCUGGUCAUUCAACUGUAACAAAAUCUAACAGAUGGAAAGAAUUUGUUGAGAAUCUAAAUUUAUAACUUGCUCUUUUUGUAACGUGUUAGUAACUUUAGGCCUGGUCAAAUGCAUGCAACAUUUCACCUUCACCACAACAUCUUGCAACAUUGUUGGAUCGUGUUGUCAGAUUUGUGAAGGAGCUGGCCAAUUAACGCAUGCAAUAUCUUGUAAGGUUCAACAUCAUUUAACAUCUUGCAACAUGUUGCCAUAUAUUGCUUCAGGGUGGCCAAACAUUUGCAACACAUUACACACAACAAUGUUGCAUUGAAAUGUUGUGUGCAUUUGCCCUGGCAUUUACAUACACAUCACAAAGGAUAAUAAUCUGAGCUAGGUAUUUGAGAUACAUUUAUAAGUGAUACAUGACAUUGUAAUUUUCUUAGACAAGGCAGUCAAAACCUUCAGUUGGGUCUGAGAAUGACAGAUCAAAGCAAAUGGAUGAAAAAAGGAGGAAAAUAUCACGUCUCAAGAAUGUUGAUUCCAAGUUAGCCGAUCAUAUAUUGGAUGAAAUUAUUGAAAGGUACCAAGUGAAUGCUUCACAGCUGUAUUGCAACCUGUGUGAAUAGCAUUAAAGUCUCAAUCAUUAAGUGGUGAAAAAGUCAACUUGUUUCUCUUGUGUUUGGGUCAACAAUAUGGAAUGGUUCUUUUCUAUUCAUUCAAAUGUAUUUUUCUUCUCUUUUUUUAUCCUAGUGGCCCCCCAGUGCACUUUGAUGAUAUAGGUAAGUUCUAAAUGUGUUCCAUUAUUUUACAACAACCUUUUAUUUUUUAAUGUUUGUCAUCACUUUUUGGAAGCAGGAAAUAAACACAUGCAUUUCAGCAUAUGAAAAUUAUGUGCUGUCUCCUGCUUGCCAAAGGGUUUUGUAGACUUGCCUGGGACUGAAACUGAGCUAAUUAGUACGAAGUACCAAUAUGCAAAUGUUAGAGGACUGGGUUUAAACUGGGAUCACCCAUGAUUGCAAGAAAGUUGGAAGAUGGCAUACAAGGCUGGAUUUAAUUUUUGGUUUGAUUGCCCAUUCAUCCUUGAUUGCUCUUCUUUGCUUUUUUUUUAUUUAUCAUUUACAGCAUGAUAUUUGCAUUGAAUUUCAUAAAAUUGUCAAUCGUCAAAUCUUUUAUUUCAUCUUUUCAGCUGGUGCAGAAAGUGCUAAGAAACUCCUUCAAGAAAUAAUUAUCCUUCCAUAUUUAAGGCCUGAGGUAUUUUAUCAUCCACAUUAUUAAUUUCUUUAAAAGUGGAGCACAUAAGAUAUGUGUAGGUUGUGAUGUAAAUGUGUUUGACAGAAAAUUAAUGCCUCAAACUAUGAAAUAGCAUUAUAUUUACAGUACGUUCAAUCCUCAACAGCUUUUCACUGGUUUAAGAGCCCCAGCUCGUGGACUGUUGUUAUUUGGGCCACCAGGCAAUGGAAAAACUAUGUUGGUAAGCUUAUAUGAUAUCCUUUUUCAAUAAACAUACAUUUAAAUGUUAUAUUGCUUUCAUUCUGAAAAUGAAUUGUGAUUGUGUCUAUGAAGAACAACUCUCUUGCCACCCAUUCUGCAUCAUUUCCUAUAGUUUGCCAUUUUGGUUGUUUUCUUUUCCCUCAUGAAUUGGUAUUCUACAAUGAUUUUGAUUCUACAAGAUUUUGUGGCUGUCUUUUGGUUAAAACCUUCUACAUACAUUUCAUCAUCAACAGUCUGUAGAGGAAGUACCCCACUUGUGAUGAAAAUAUCUGUCAGGUUGUCAGUUUUUUUUUGUUUUCUUUUGCUCAGGCAAAAGCUGUGGCUAGUGAAUCAAAAGCAACAUUCUUUAAUAUAAGUGCUGCCACUCUCACAUCCAAAUGGGUAAGAAAAAGUUCAUAUCAGUUCUAAUUUUUCUACUAAAUGUUUUUGAGAUGAUUUUGGAUGGCAGCUUCAGAUCAUCUAUACUCCUUUAAAAUAAGGUAAUUGAGGAGUCUUAUAAUGAAUUACAGGGUUAAUAAAUUCUUACUUUGCAAAGAAUGAUUUUUUUUUUUCAUGCUUGCAUGGUGUCUAGUUUCUUAACUCUUUACACCCUAUGAUACGGAUGCAUUAUCUCCUCACUGUUCUCCCAGGGCUAAAAAUUAACUCCAGUGCUUGGUGGCCAGUCGGGCCAGUUUCCUUGAAUUUUUAGUGGCCCAUCCCAAAAUGAAGUAGCCAUCCAUUUUCUCUAGUUUAAAAUGAAAAACUUGAAUAAAGGCCCCAUGGCCGCUUUUAACGGAGCAUUAAUUAAAAGGAAAGAACACAAAAGUCCAGAGUCACUCGGCAAUCACAAAAUCAAAAUGGUGUCUAUAUGUUGUGAAUGUGGAUUACUCGUGAAAUCACUGUUAAAACGGCUCAGAAUUUCCACUUCAGAACUAAAAAUUCACUAAAAUGGAUGAUCUUAGAAUCCACGCAAAGAAACAAAGAGAAUAGUAGUCCAGUUAAAUUACAUAUUGAGCUUUAUUUUUAACUUUGUACUUCACAUAAUUUACAUUGCAACUUUUUGAAAUUCUGUAGCAUUGUUGUACAUCAGGCAUUCAAACCUUAACUUCUGGUGGCCCUGGUCAGUUUUAACUCGCCACUUGUGACCAUGCGACUGCCAAUUUUUAGCCCUGUUUUCUAUGCAUUUCCUAAGGCCCUGGCAACAAAAAUUUGUUUAACAAUCAAGAGCUUGUUUAGUUGAUAAUCAUUUCCUUUACUCUCAGGACCUUUAUGUGUUAUUUAGGGGUGAUAUUGUAAGGAGAAAUUAGAUGCUAAUCACUCUUAGAGAUCAAAAGGUUGACCUUAUAACUUUUUAUCUAUAUUUGACAGGUUGGUGAGGGCGAAAAACUCGUUAGAACUCUAUUUACUGUUGCUAGAGAACUGCAGCCCAGUAUAAUAUUUAUUGGUAGGUGCACCUAAUGAUUUGGCCCGAGUGUUAAUUUGUGCAGCGUGAUAUGGGUAUUAAAUGGCUCACAAUGGUUACAAUUUCAGAUGAAGUGGAUUCUCUUCUAUGUGAGAGAAAGGAGGGGGAGCAAGAGCACAGCAGAAGAAUCAAAACAGAGUUCUUAGUUUCUUUUGAUGGAGUAAGUAGUUAUAAUAAAAUAACUGGUGUUUGCACUUGUCAUGAAGAGUGGCAUUUUUAACCUAUGAGCACAAAUGUACAGUAUGUAUGUCCUGUGUAUUGAUAAAAAAAGGUUGUGAUCUGUUUCAUCUUUCUUUCCCUUUUUUUUUGUAUACUUAUUUUUCUCUGAUUUUCAUGGAUUUUAUUGAAGAGAGAAAUACCUGAUGGCCUCUGAUUAUUUUACUAUUUGAUUGUUUGUGUUGUAAAUUCAUGCUGACUUCCCACAGGUCAUUGCUGAUCCAAAUGAGCGAAUAUUAGUGAUGGGAGCCACCAACAGACCAAAUGAACUUGAUGAUGCAGCUCUCAGGUACUGCACCUGUUGAAGAUUUUUACUAAACUGACUUGUCAUAAUAUGUACUUAUAUUUAUACUAAUAAUGUGGUACAGUGGAUUUAACAUGCAAGAAAAAACAUUUGAAAUACUAUGUAAAAAAAUCAGUGGUUUAUUUACAGGGAAUAUACAUUAGAGAGUGCACAGCCUUCUGUUUUUGUUGUUGUUGCUGUUUUUUUUUUAUAUUGAUGAUGUGUUUGAGUGCACUGUAGGUCUAUGUCGUAUUUCUUCAGCAAUUUUUACCUGUUUUUUUUUUCUGCGUGGCCCAGCCACUUACCUCAACUAGGGUUCACCGUUUUUAAUUGGAUGUACUUUUUUUAUUACCUGUUGUUUGUAAGUUAUCUAACCUACAGUGUGAUCAACUCGUUCUUGAUUUUUCAUUUUUGGUAUCAUUUGUUCUGGGAUUUUUCCCUGCAAAAGCUAAACAGAACUUUAAAAAAAAUACCUUUUUUUGUUGAUGUUGUUAUUGUAGUUGUUGGUUGAAUAUGUCUUUCUCUAGAAAUUUUAGAUUUGAAGUUCAAAUUUAGGUUACAUUUUGGCAAUAUGAUAUCCUUUUUUGUCUUCUUAUUCCUUUGUCAUUCAGAAAUAUUGUUAAUUAUUUUCGGCAGGCGAAUGGUAAAACGUGUGUAUGUACCCCUACCGGACAAAGAGGUAUGUGAAGGAUAACUGCAAUUCAUUGUACAGUAGUACUGAAAGUGUAUAUUAACUUUACUCUUAGAGGCAGUUACUGAUUGAACUAACACUGCUCAAUCUCUUUGUGUUUAAUUUUUUAGACUAGAAAAGUCCUCCUAUCUAAACUUCUCGUCAAGAAUCACAACCCACUAAGCUCAUCGGAGAUGGAGUCUCUCGCCAGGUAACAAUGGCCCGCAAAAUGAAUAACAUUUGCAACACGGGUAGACAAGUCCUGGAAUUUCCUUGUUUGCUCUACUUCAGUGGGUGUUGCUUUGUAUUGGGCUUGAUACAUCUCAAUGCCAGUCCAUCGAAGAGUACAGCGAGCUAACUUUAAGUUUUCCCACUAUGAUUCAGUCCCCUCCCCGUCGUUAAAACAUUCCUUACCCUUGUUUGUGGACCGCUGACAUAUUGUCUGUCUGGUUUUGUCUUCUAGACUAACUGAAGGGUAUUCUGGUAGCGACUUGACAGCCCUCGCCCGCGAUGCAGCAUUGGGACCCAUCAGAGGUGAAAAUGACUUUGUCGAUAUACAGUAGAUUUCUUUUCAUUUUACCAUCCAUAUUCCACGGAAUAGCUGACUUGUAUUUGUUUCUCUUGGCUAUCAUCAGACCUUCGUCCAGACCAAAUACAGUCCGUAGAUGCAACUAAGGUGGGGUGUAAUUAUUUUAUUAUUUUGCUUUUACAGUUUGGCAGCUUUAAUCUUUUAUCAAGACUGUAGUGCCUUUUCCUUAAUUCCUAGCGCUUUAGUGGUUUUGUAAUCGAUGUUUGAUUGUGCCACUCUACCUCCUUCCAGGUUCGUGGCAUUAGCUACAACGACUUCCAGAACUCUCUGAAAGUUAUUCGACCCAGUCUUUCGCCUCAUUCUCUGAGGCUGUUCGAGGACUGGAACAGAUCCUUUGGUAGCAGUGCCCAAGGCUAAGGAACUGAAACGGUGCUCGAUUCAUGCCCUUUUCACACCCCUUAUAGGAAACUGAAAAUAGUUCGGAGGUAAUACGAUAUUCUGGGCCUGGUUGUGCAAAAGGCGGUUGGCACAAUUCCAUAGGAAUAUUGAGAAUUAACUUGUUUUCUCUUUUAUUAAAAUGUUCAUAAUGUGCUUACGUUUUUGUGAGGUUUAUCCCGUUGUGGAGCAAAACUGAAUUUAAUAGACAGAUAACCAGGAAAACCUGAACUUACAAAUGUGUAACUUAUUGAAAGAUUAGUGGGUUAGUGGUAUCGUUAUUAACUAACCUGGCCCGAAUUUCUGUUGUUUAUCUGAUUUGGUUUUAAUUUUCUAUUUCUUUGAGAGACGUGAUAUUUGAAAUACCAUGUCCAAUUUCUGUGAUUUUUUACCAGAUUGUUUUAAAAAUUGAAAUAACUCGAAAGACCCAAUUUCUUUUUAUAAAAUGAAAUCCAUAGAAAAGAUGAAAGAAAGAAACAAGAAGAAACAAAACUUCUAAUCUGAUUUGACAAGGUGUGCUAAGACUACAAGAAUCUUUGAUUCUAUCUUAAAUUCAUUCCGUUUUGAGCAAAACUUAGCUUGUAACGCUUCACAAGAAAAUGAAUAGCUCUAGAUCCUGUAUGAUCCACGCAGACGUGCGUUAUGUUUUCUGUAAUUACAAUUGCACCCUUGGAAGAAGUAUUUGUCUGUUGGCUCGUCUGUUAACCCUGAUAAGACUGAUUAGCAUCCAACUUCUUCAAACUGUAUCGCCAUAGAAUGAAACUAUAAGGUCAUAAUGAGAAAAUUGAUUAUCGCUAACUAAAUAAUCCAUUGAUUGUUGAAGCAAUUCUCUUAUUCAGCACUAUGGGAAAUAUACAAAGAAUGCUAUGGAGAAUGUACUGGGUUAGGCUUAGGAUUGUUAGGGUUGACCUGAUUUUGUUCUUUAUUCGGGUAACUUGAGCGAGACUGUAUUCC